AUGGCCUACAUGCCCACAAUCCUUGCAUUGAAUGAUUUCUUUCGGGAAAAUUUCGUUUUGGUGAACACAAUCACGUUAUAUGGCUACACCGCCGGAUCCAUGCUGCUCCCUAUUGUAACGGAAAGGUCUUUUGAAGCAUAUGGCUAUGCAGGGGCGUUUAUUAUCCUUGGCGGUAUCGCUCUGAACCUUGUCGUGUGCGGUACAACGAUACGCAAGUCAUUAAGAAACGCCGCUACAAAUGAAGGCGAAAUUCAUGAUGAGGUGAAGGAGAAACGAAAUUGCCAAUCUGAAAAGAAAUUCUUAGAGAAAAUGGAACUUGGCAUCCCUCCUUCCAAAGCAAUCUUCCUCUCCACAAUCGGCGGAAUAGGUGGCAUCGUCGGUCGAACUGUUUUCAUCAUCCUCGUCCGCAAAGGGACCAACGUCUAUGUUAUCUACAUCACCGUAUGUCUCAUAUGCACGAUAUCCUUUCUGUUAGACUUCGUCAGUUCUGCCUACGAGGUGCUAGCUAUCUUGGCCUUUGUACAAGGGUUCUCCUUUUUCAUCGAGGAUGCUAUUCCGUGCAGUUUCUUCAAGGAUGCAGUCUAUGACGAUAAAAAUGCUGACAUGGCCAUUGCUCUAAAUUUUUUCAUGGGAGGACUAGGCGCGACAUGUGCAGGAGCAUUCACAGGUUAUCUGUAUGAUAUCACCCAGUCGUUCACGAAGGUGUUCAUCAUCGGAGGCGUCAUCAAAGCCCUCAUGACCGUCCAUCUCUUCAUCGUAGCGAUCCUCAUCAAGAGACGACGGAUAAGAAAUAAGCUUCCAGUCUGA